AUGGGGACUUGCCAAUCACUUUGCUGGGAGCGGGAUUUGCUGAACAUGCUCGACAGCAACUUCAUUGUACGUUUGCACAGGACGUUGAAGGAUCAGCAGUUCGUGUACUUUCUCCUGGAAGCCGCCUUGGGCGGUGAUCUCUAUGGGAUGUUCAACUCCCAUCAAGCCUUCUAUGCAGGUUGCGUGAUCGCAGCGCUGGAGCAUUUGCACGAAAGAAAGAUCAUCUAUCGGGAUCUGAAGCCAGAGAACAUCAUGCUCGACACCAGAGGUUACGGGAAAAUCUGUGACAUGGGCCUCGCCCGGUUUGUGGUGGGUAAGACCAACACACAGGCUGGGACUCCAGAUUAUAUGGCGCCUGAGAUGAUUGAUCCUCCCCAUUACCACGACAACUCGGCUGACUGGUGGUCUUUGGGUGUUCUCGUCUACGAAAUGAUGUGUCAGCAGCUGCCUUUCGAGGACGAUGAGCUCGAAGACACCGGCGAGCGGCUUUUGGCGAUCCGCCGAAGUCAGGAGAUGCGGCUGGACUUCCCCGCGACUUGCCCUGCAGGGGGCAGGGCCUUCAUCGCCAAGCUUCUGCGGAAGCUGCCACACCGGCUAGGGGCGCAGGGCGGUGCCGAGGAGGUCCGCGCGCACUACUUCUGGCAAGGCUUCGACUUCGGGUCGCUGCAUCAGCAAGCGAUGAAGAGCCCGGUGGAGCGGCCGGGGCACCGAGAAAAGGACCGGAGGAAAAAGGACGAAAAACCCACCAAGAAAAGGAGAGGAUCCGGAUGGACCCGGGAACUCGGAGACUUCGGAGAAUUUGACAAACCGAGCAAGCGUCGCGUUUUGGCACCGGCGCUUACUCAGCUCGUCACGAUAAGUUCACGAAUGGCCAGUUUCGGGUUUGCGAUAUAA